AUGCCGCAGAUGUCAGUCACGCCGGACAAGCUACUGAAGACGCUGUUCAACAUCCGCGGCUUCAGCAGGGACUCGCUGAGCUCGUCCUACACCCGAGUCAAGGCCCAGAUCAAGGCCGGCGGGGGGCGGCUUAACUUCCCCGAGCGCAGAUCGGUGAAGGCCGUGACGAAGGAGCACUCGCACCCGGGUCUGGGCAUGCCCAGCGUGAUGUCCCAGGAUGAGCUGGCCCGGUCGUCCAGCACCAUCGGCGUCAAGGAGUCAUGCAUCACCCGCCUGGUGGAGCUGAUACGUUUCUACCAGAAGGUGGCCACCUUCGAGCCCACUGUGCUGCUGCUGCGCUCGACGGAGGGCGCUGUGUUCGGCGCCUACUGCUCUACCACGUGGAACACGCGCAACCAGAUGCAGGAGGACGGCACCCGCUACACGUACUUCGGCACUGGCGAGACGUUCCUGUUCACGCUGCGGCCGCAGCUGAAGGUGUACCCGUGGGUGGGCAAGGUGAAGCAAGAGCAGGACCCGCAGCUGGCCGGCGUCAGCCACAGCCAGCAGUUGUUCAUGGCGGCCGACAACACGAUGCUGACGAUCGGCGGCGGCGGCGGCCAGGCGAUCUGGCUCGACGAGAACCUGAGUCGCGGCAAGACAGACGCCUGCGACACGUUCGGCAAUCCGCCCCUCACCGCCACCGGCAGCUUCGACGUCGCCUGCAUGGAGGCCUUCGGCUUCGCGCCGGCCUGAGGCGUCGCGGGGCGGCGGGGUGAGAUCGUCUGUGUCGGCGGAGCGAGAUCGUCGGAACCGACGGGGUGAGAUCGUCUGUGUCGGCGGAGCGAGAUCGUCGGAGCCGACGGGGCGCGAUCGUCUGUGUCGGCGGAGCGAGAUCGUCGAAGCCGACGGGGCGUGAUCGUCUGUGUCGGCGGAGCGAGAUCGUCGAAGCCGACAGGGCGCGAUCGUCUGUGUCGGCGUCGGCAGCGACUGGCGUGGCGAGUUGACCGCUGGUUGGCGGGCCGGCAGCUGCGCGGCGGGACAGAACCGGCGCUCCGCUUCUCGCCGGGGCGCUCACCCGGCUUGUCCCGGGCAGGGGCCGGCGCAAUCAGCUGCUGGGAGAGAGAGAAAGCGCAAACUGGCCCCGGACAGCCACCUGGCUGCAAGGUGAUUGCGUUGGGAACGGGGGGAGAACACCAGAUUUUGCAGCCUGCAAUCACGUGGUGAUUUAACACAAUCGUGCGAUGAGUUGAAGUUGCUGCUAGUUAAGUGGUGGUGAAUUUGUUUGACGAUUUUUGCACAUGCCGUAUCGUCAGAAGAAAAAAAUCUGCCAAUUUAGAACCAUCGUCAGAUGUAGCUGUCAGAGGUUUUCAAUGCACAGUAUCGUUUUGAGGCUUGUAGAGCGCGUGCGUGCUUCACAAAAGUCACGUACUAACUGUAUCCAAACAUUCCAGGCCUCAAAGCAUUCGACCUGAGUGUGGACCAAGUGUCGAUGAGUGGGCAAUAAUCGAGUAUUACGACUUGCCGCCGUUGAGCAAUAAGGGAGUAUUGGCCUUUCUUUUGGUCCCUUGUGUCUUGCUGGCUUUGGUCACACUAAUAAUGUUUGUAUAUGUGUAACAAGCUGUCGGCGUCUGUUCGCCUCCGUGUCUGGCUGGUGCCAUAUGUCUGUCCACAUCUGGGUCCCGCUGUCGGUGUCUGUCCACGCGUGCCUCGCUGGUGCCAUGUGUCUGGCCAUGUCUGUGUCCCGCCAGCAGGGUCUGUCCGCACGCGUGUCUCGCUGGUGCCGUGCGUCUGUCCAUGUCUGGGUCCCGCCAGCAGCGUCUGUCCUCGUCUGGCUGGCAAUGUCGGCACCCCCGUCUGCUCCGUGCUGACAAUAGCUGGCCGCAUGUCGGGAGCGCGCACGUGCUAUGCACUCACCAGGGGGCGGCCCGUGACCGUCUAGGGACAAUCACCCAUGUCAAGAGACCGCGAGCUGUGAUGCAACGAACGGCGCCGGCCGGCCGGCCCGGGGCGGGCGCGCGUGCGCGUGGGGGUGCGAGAUUGGUCCGGGCGCCCGCCGAGGCGCCGAGGCUGUGAUUCAGGGGCCGCGCGCGGCGGCGGGUGGCGGGCCUUGCGGCGGCGCCCCGGCCCCGGGGCGCCGCCCCGCCUCUUGGCCGCUGGUUCCGAUCUCAUUGGCCUCACGGGUGGGAGCGAGUGGGACCGACCGGUGACGCGGCGCGCUCUGUCCGGUGUUGUGUGGUCCAUGGGCCUCGUGCUGUGGCGUCGUCGGUGUUGUUCUGUGGCCCGUGUCGUCUCCGACAGGGGGUGUGCUGCGCUGUGGCCCGGUGGCCCGCGCUGCUUCCGUGCCGGUCCAUGCGAGCUGGUCACCUGGAGGGUGGGUGGGUCAUUCACUGCUGCUAUCGGCCGCCACACCGGGCAACGUUGAUCUGUUGUCUCGUGCCGCUCGUGGUGGGCUUGACUGGUGCCUCACUGCGCGUGUCGAGGCUGGAUGCCCGGUGGUUUGUCCGUUGCUUAAGGCUUGCUGCUCCGUGUUUUGUCCGCUGGCUGGAUGUUUGGUGUCUUGUAACGUGUCACGUGGUUCGAAAGCCUGACGCUUCGUAGCGUGUUUGCUGCUGUUCCGUGUCUGUCUGUGUAGCAAGACCGGCGAACCCGGGCAGCUUAUCUGCUCGCACCGUCGUCACCGAACCUGCAGUGUCGAUCGGCUCGUAGUGUAUGUGUCGCUGUGCGUGCACCUCGAAACGUACAUAGACGUAAGAAUCUUGCCUUAGCGUUGGUAUUAUGUUGCCUGAAUUACUAGUGGUGUAUUAGCGCUGUGUGUAGCGCUAAUGGGCAUCCACGGAUUGUGUCAAGCAGAUAUACGCUGUUUUAUAUCAUGGGCAGCGUUGUCGAGCUUACAGACAAGGCAACGCUUGCUGUCGCGGCCAGGCAGGCCUGCCGGGGUGUGCUGGGCCGGAUUGAUCAAAUGCUUGGCUUUCCUCGUACUGACCCGGGGUGAUCUGUUUAACUCUGUUUAAUGCUCCUCGUUUGACAUAUUAAGUGCCAUCAUUUGUGUACUAACGUCACCAUCCGCGAAUUACUGCCGGUUGCAUUACACACUGGAUUUCGGUCGUGCGUUUACGUACCUUGGCGUUGUUUUCGUGCUUGUGCCAAACAAUGGCUCAAUUCCGUUGCGCCUGUAUGACUCGUGCAUUGUGCUGUUAUGUUCAAAGUGCUAGUCCGACGUCGAUGGAAUAAAUACUCAACG